GGUGGUGGAAUGUGCGUUACAGUUAAAUAGUGGAACGAGCGGCUGCGGGAUCGGCGAGUGAGAGCGUUUCUCGGAUGAGGGAGGCUGAUUGACCGACCCAGGCGGGAGGGGCUGCGGCGGUGGCGGCAGCGGCUGGAAGGAGGCUUGGGCUGGGCUUCAGCGCGUCGCCGUGGGAUUUACCGAGGCAGCGAAGCUGACACGAGCAGCGCCGCCGGCCGGGCAGACAGAGGGGCUCCAUGGCGCGGCGUGGGAUCCUGAGCGGCUGCGGCACCGACAGCUCCUCCGCCACGGCUGUUAGCGGCGCUUAGUUCUCGAGAGGCGCCUGCCGCCUGCUCCCUGACGGCCGCGAACGGGCUCCCUCGCCUCGGCGCCGAUCGUCCGAGUGGGCCGGAGAAAGAGAGCGCGCGCGAGCGAGCCGGGGAGCCAGCGCGGGGCCUCCGUCUCCCUCCCACGCGGCGGGUGUGCGGCUUUGGACUAGGCGGCGGCAUUUCUGCCUCUAUGAUGAAGUUCAAGCCCAACCAGACUCGGACCUACGACCGGGAGGGCUUCAAAAAGCGGGCGGCGUGUCUGUGCUUCCGCAGUGAGAGGGAGGACGAGGUACUAUUAGUAAGCAGCAGUCGGUACCCAGAUCAGUGGAUUGUUCCAGGUGGAGGAAUGGAACCAGAAGAGGAACCAGGCGGUGCUGCUGUCAGAGAAGUCUAUGAAGAGGCUGGGGUGAAAGGAAAAUUAGGCAGAUUGCUGGGCAUAUUUGAGCAGAAUCAAGACCGGAAGCAUAGAACUUAUGUAUAUGUUCUUACAGUGACUGAAAUCCUGGAAGACUGGGAGGAUUCUGUUAAUAUAGGAAGGAAGAGAGAAUGGUUUAAAGUUGAGGAUGCAAUCAAGGUCCUUCAGUGUCACAAGCCUGUACAUGCAGAGUACUUGGAAAAAUUGAAACUGGGCUGUUCACCAACCAAUGGAAAUUCUGUAGUGUCUUCCCAUCCUGAUAACAACUCUCUAUAUGUUUCUUCUGCACAGACUUCUGGGUUGCCCUCUACUGUAAGAUAAACUCUGAAUUACUUCUUAGUUCACCAUCACAAGGGGAGAUGUGCUAGUGGUCAUGUGCUAUGUGUAUAGUCAUUGAAAUCCUGUGUGUGUGAACAGUUUAUGUUCUGAUGUACACCCUUUUUUAAAGUAAAGUGUACUAUUUCAGCAAACCAAAGCCAUACAGGGAUUUUUAAAAGAUGCCUUAAAUGGCCCUCUUGGUGGGGUUUUUAAAGCAUAGAUAACAUAAGUACCUAAUUAAAAAGUGAAUUUUUAACUUGGCAUUUGAAUUUGGCUUAAUUUUCUUUCUGAAACUAACUAAAAAUCAGAAAUUGUUUGGGGAGCUUAGCUUUAGAAUUGUCAUUCAUAUUUCCUUACUUCAGUUUAAAACUAGCUGGAGGAGUAAAAAGGCAGUGGAAACAAAUAAAAAGUGCCUUCUGUGUCCCACUUCCUCCUUCACAAUAAUUCACAUGAAUAAUCUAACCAGAGCAGUGCCAACUUGACUGCUGUUGUCAAUCCUUCAAACUGUUCUUACUUGGAUAUUUAGCCAGACAAACAUAUUAAAAAUGCAAAAAUGCCAAAUCCUUAGCCUUCUUAUCCCUGUUUUGUCAAAGACAGCACUGGGUUUCUUUGCUCUUUUAUCAGGUAUUAAUUUCCUAUUAGAGACCUUCUCACCUUUUCCAGUCCAUUUCUAUAACAAAUGAAUCAAAUCAUUAUUGGAUAUAUAACUGUCCUGAAUUUUAAGGAAAGAGCAGGCUACAUAUUUCCCCUAAUUUGUGCUGCCAAAACAUGGGAAUAGAGAUUUUCUAAACUGUACAUGUUGUAAUUUCAGAAACCUCUGAAAAGUAUUUACACUGAACGUACCUUCCUCCCUAAAGUCAGAACUGUGGCUGAGGUUAAAAAAAAAAAAAACCUACCUCUGUUGUGAAAGUUGUAUUUUCUCAUUCUUUCUUUGUAACAUAAACCCAAUGUAAAUAAUCCAACAGGUGUAUAGUGUAAAAUGGAAAGUAAAUGUAAAUACUGUUGCUUAUACAACUAGGUUACCACCUAUGACUUUAGUGUCUUAAUAGCUGCAUAACAGAAAAACAUCAAUAACUGAAUCUUUUCCAAUCACUGUAUCUUCAUCUAAACAAUUUCUGCCUAUCCCAAAGCUGUUCAAGGUAGAGGAAUGCUAUCUGAGAAAAAUGUGGCAACCCUACAUACUAAUUUCAGCACAUUGUGUAAAAAAAGCUGCUAUUAAAUAAUCCACUGUUACAAUUUUUAAGGAAAAUAUUGGUGCCAUAAGCUUUCCCUCCAGAAACAUGUGGGAAUAACAUUGUGCCAUAUAAAUGCAUUUAAACAAGGGACAUUUGUAAGUUUUGAAUGUAAGUGUUGCUUUAGGAGCCAUAAGUACUACUAAUAGGAGAUAGACUUGAACAUCUGCCACAGGUUAGAACCUCUAGGUGAUAGUAGCCUAGAUAGUUGAAUGGAGCAGUAGGUCAUGAUCCAGUUUUGUGUUUGAAGAGAUUUAUCUUCCAUAUUCAGGUUCAGAUGAAACUGAAGAAUGCUAACAGUACAGAUUGAUGGCAGACCCAUUAAUGUGAAACCAUAUAAUAAUCAGAUUGGGGAAAUGGCUGGUUCCUAAAAAGUAUGCAUUUUGUCUGAAUUCUGAGUUGGCACUUUAGCCCCACAGUCCCAUGUAUUAUUCAGAUAUUCACCGACCAUAUGGUGGUAACAUAAGAAAUAUCUUGAUUGUCAUAGUGAUGAACGUAAGAGCAAACUGAAUUUAUGGUUCCUGCAAUUGCUUUCAUCUCAAGUUUUGCUUUUGGAAUAUAAAACCAAGCCACGUUGAUAGAAGCUACAUAUUGGUAAUGCAUGAUUACUUUGGUUUCUAACAUGAUGUACUAUGUAAAAAUGUACAGUUGCCAAUGCUAACCAAAUCAAAGGUGAUGGCCUAUAAAUACUCCAGGCUGCUGUGCCACAUAGGUUUAAGUAUAUAGGUGUAUAGAUAUAUUCAGCCUAUGCAACUUAAGAUAAAGUCCUUUACUCAUACUGAUGUCUGAAGUCUGUCCUGCAACAUGAUACACUGGAACAACAAAGGUCCAUUGUGCUAUUAGGUACCAUUUCUGCAUUUCAUUAAUAAACAUAAGAACCCGAAGAAGUGAACACUGCCUAAUCUCAUAGUUUGGAAAAAUAGGCUAAGCAACAAGACGUGUCAAAUAAAACAAACACCUCUUUUGCCAGGUUUAAUUCUCAGAGUUGCAUAAUUCCAGUUAAAGGUUCAGGUUUUCUAAUGACAUGGACAUAUACUGAAGUGUUCUUGUGGAUCUUGGAUCUAGAACCAAGUUCCCUCUAAGUGACCUUUGAAUCUGUAGCUGGCAUUACAAGCCAUAGAGAUAAAAGUUGACUUGGACCAGAUUCUGUAGGAAGUCUAUGACUUGGACUAAGAAAGAUAUGCUUUGCAAGGUCAGAAGAUCAUUACGAGAAAAGCAUAGAUGAGUCUUGACUGAAUGCAGUGGAAGCUUGAUACAGUGAACAAGAGUAUUCAUAUAGGUUACAAAAGCUAUUAAAAAUGAACAUUUCAUCCUUGAAUGCUUAUUGUAAACCAGGGCUAUUGUCAAAAUGUUGGAAACAAUUGCUGAACAUGCUUCUAAGAAGUUAAAAAUUGAAGGAAGCUACAAUUUAAGUUGUAAACAUUUUGAACUGUGUGCAUGGCUUUCUUUUAAAGACUGGUGUAAGAAUUUUGACUUUUUAUAUCUGAAAUGAACCUCCAAAAUAAAAAAAAAAAUAAAACCUAAUUUAUAAAGAUUGUAGAUCCUUUAUGUAGCAGUUAAGCUCAUGAAUAGAGGUGUUGAGAGAAGUACUUUUGCUUGUUCUCCUUAUGCCCAUAGUUAUGCUUCCAUGACCAUGCUUAAGUUAAGUAUUUAAGUUUCCUUAAGUUAAGCUGGCAGGAUAGUCCUACUUCAGAUGCAUGGUACAUUGUAAUAGCAAGGUGCCAAGAAUCUUGGAUGGAAAAUGAAGUUGUAUUAUUUUAUAGUAUGACAGUGGCAUUAAUCCCAUUUCUCGCUGGAGGUCCCAAGCUUAAUUUCUGCCCCCUCCAGUCAGAAAAUAAGUUAACAGCUGCUGGGAAAAAUACAAAUGCCACAGAGCUUGCUGCCAGCUGGUCAACAGUUCUGAGCUGGAUGGUCCCAUACUCUGAUCAGCUGUGAUGCAGUUUCCCUUUCCAGGUUAUAUGCAAUACUAUAUUUGAUACCUGGAUUUAAUUGCAAGAAUAUAGAACUGGAUGAGGAAGUCCGUUCACAACUGUCUACACAAUUCUUUCAUAAAUUCAAAGCUUUCCAGGCAAUAGCAACUGAAUGGGGAGGUUUAACUGGAGGUGUAACUGUGGCUUCAGUGGUAGGAAUGGUGUAGCCUAGGGUGACUGGUACUAUUUAAAGAGUUCUGUACAGUAGGAAAAAAAUAUCCAAUCCCCUACCACAGUUGCAUUACUUAGGAGAAACUGCAUCUAUUCAGUGUGGUCCAUGCUGUUUUCUUAAUAACGUCGUCUGGCAAUGGAAAGAGAGACUGUGAAAGGGUGAAACUUCAGCUUGUCUGCCCUAUACAUAUCUUGAAGAUAAAUUUGCAGAAGUGAGUUAUGAGUACUUAUAUCCAAGAUUUGUUUGCUGAUCAUUUAUUUCUGACCCCCAAAUUACUAGUCAAGGUUAGCAGAGUAUAGGGAAAUGGACCAGAAGAAUAAUUGUAGAGGUUCUGGUACUGUUCCAUAGUGGUAAUUUUUAGGAAUUAAAACCUAUUUUUACAGAGGAAGAACUGUAAACAUAGAACUACUUUGGUAAAAUGCUUGUUUUCACCACAAGUACAGUUGGAGCUACUGACUUAGUAACAAAUGCUGGUUUUGGCUAUGUACCUGAUUUCCCUAUGAUGAACAAUCCAGGCAUGCCCUUGUCGUAUAAACAUAUGACAUAGGUUAUUCAUAUGAAACCUUGUCCAUAGGUUGUUUAUAUGAAGUCUAAAGGAAACCGGAACUCUGGGUUGGUGAGGGAUGAGCAACUCGGAAUUUGAACCCAGUUUGUUUUUCCAAUGACUCAUGAGUUCAGAUGGCACUAGCUCCCACUGCAUUUUCAACAAACCAUGAAUCAUUAACAAUUCUGUCUUUAUUUUUCUGUUCUAUUAUAUAGGCCAGGAAUUCAGGAAAGUCAUAAAGAAUGCCGUUGUGUACCCUUCAUCUUCAGCAGUACUGGUUUUCUUAAGUACUGGUUUUCUGUAUUUGUUCAAUACAGAUAGAAGCAAAGGUCCAUUUUACUUUUCUGUAAUGGAUCUAAGAAUUUUCCAAUGGAACAGAAUGUGUGUUAAGGAUCUGAUUUGCGAGAAUAAAACUGACCUUCAACACAGGACAUACUAAAAGAAUCACUCAUGUGCAAAUAUGCUUAAUCAUGAGAAUUGUAAAGAAUACUGUAGUUAAGAGCAUGAUCAAAAUCUGAAGAUUUUUAGGUAGAAGAAUACAGCAGUUACCUGGAAUACAAAAUAGAAGUCAAAAUAUUAAUACAUUCAAGAUUUCCUUGAAUCGGAAGGGUAUCUACUUAAUUUAGCCUUUAUGUGGCAUCGACACCAAGAUUUUAGUCCAUAUAUUCCAAGGACUAGAACAUUCUCCUGCAGUGUUGCCUUUGAAACUAUGAUCACUAGGCUUCCAACAUACACCAGUUAAGAGGGAUCUCCACAGCACCUAAAAUAAUUGCACUAGUUUCUGCUCUCUGGGGAUUACUGCAAAUACUCAUACCUCUUGCACACAACCUGAAUAACUGAAGGAUUGCAUUUCCAACAUGAAACUGUUGAUACCUUUAAUGUAAGUUAUCUCUGAAGGCACUUCUCUAGGUCCCACUAUCAUUUGAAGUGAGGCAGGUAUGAUUAGGAAGAGGUCCUCAGUUGUAGAUCUCUGCUUAGAAAUGCUUGUUAAGCACCUACUCGAUCUUGAAGUUAUUUUCCUAGAAUCUCUGGUGGAAACUGGUUUUUACUAUUGUUUGUUGCUUAUUUUGCAAGCUGUUCUGAGUUUUUUACACUAAAGAAAGGGCUCUCUAUAGACUUGGGUCCAAAUGUGUCUUCCACAAAUGAAAACACAAUUAUGAUUGUGCAAGUCAACCCCCCAGAUUGUUCUGAUUUUCUUUUAUAAUGACUGAUGUUGUAGUAAGGGGACUUUUACCUGAGAAGUUAAUUUAUGUACCAUGUUUCAGCAAAGUGGAAAAUUGUUGCUUCUACAGUUGGGAAAUCAUGUCAAACAUUAAGAACUGAAGUAUUAUGAGUUAGACUAUGAUAUUAACUUACCCACAUCCAUACCCAAUACCAUAACAUUACAGUAGUAUAUGGACCAGUAAACUAGUUCUAACAGAGAUAGACAAAAGACAAAGAUUGAGGAAAUUAUCAUUUUCCAAAUAAGGCGUCAAAUAAGCAUAGAACAAAUGCGACCCUCUAGAUGUUGGACUGCAACACCAGUCCAGCAACUUCUGCAAUGUCACAUAUAUCUCUGGUAUAUAAAGAUGCACUAUGGAAAUGGAAAAUCAGGUUAGAAAGGCUAUGCUACCAAAGAUGCUCAAGUGCUGAUGAUUGUGUGCUACAGGAAUGGAAAUAGGUGUAUAGGGAAGAUAAAAAGAAUGGCUUAUGUUCUACUGAUAGUUAUCUGGCUUUAGAAGGGACACUUAAAAGACUUGACUUCCUGAUUGGUAUAACCAGUUGGAUAAAUGUGGACACAGGCUACCAUCAGCUCUUAGUUAUGGAUUUAAAAAUUGAGCAAAAGCCUCAAGUUGUUUAAUUAAUCUUGAGCACUACUUUAAUUAUCAAGAGACAGUCUUCUGACAGCAGAUUCAAAUAGAUCCUUGAUCUUCUAGUUUUUAUGUCAAUGAAGAGGAAACCCAACAGAAGUUUAACUGUUAAGGACCUUAGAGCAACCGUGCAUUAGUUUAACAAUAGAGUCCAUAUGCAAAGCCUGGGAAGCAGGACUUCUUAACAUUCCCAGUGAAAAUUAGCAUGGUUAUAAUCCACGCAGGACCUCUGGUAGCAGCUUUUCAUGUUCUAUGUUCCCCACUUAGCCACUGCCUUUGGACUCAAAACUGACAAUUCACACAUAGGUUGCAGUUUUCUGCAAGACACCAAAAAUGGGAGUACAGAGUUGACAGGCUGUGCUGUGCUGUAUGUAGGAAAUAGCUUUGAACUCCACAGGUGUAUACCAGCGUGUUAAAACUUUUUCCUGUGGCUAUACCAUGUCAACAUCUAAGUAAACAAGACAGUAGGAAUAAUGGGGAAUAUAGGAUAGGCAAUACCAGGGCAGAGAAUUAUGUUAGGCAAAGAACAUGAGAAAUGAUCUUAGAAACCAACUGGACCAGAGCAAUCUUAGAACUCAGGCCACUAGUAUGAAGCUUGCCCAAUCCUCGACCCCCCCCCCCCACCAUUGCCACAAAUCCAGAGCAAUUUUAUAAGGGUGUGAAGAACUUGGUCAUUCAAAGCUAGAUUCAGAAUAAAGCACAGAUGGGCUUUGGGAUAUGAAAAAAGGCUACAUAAAUAAUUUCAAUCCAGCAAGCUAUACAUUGCAGUAGUCAAAGCAAAAGUUAGCAUAACAGUUGUCCUGGUAUAUCUAUUCUCCUGUUUAGGAGUAGUAACUCUUCAGUAUUGGACCUUAUUGGACCUUCAGAACAAGCACCAGAAGACCCAAGACUUCUAUUCUCCUUGGGGGUAUACCAUUCCUGAAAGAUCAGGCUCAAAGCUCAGAGGCUCCUUGUUGGUCUAAUCUUUGUAGCUAGAAGGCCAGAUAGCUUUUGUAGCACAGAGUUACAAUAUGUUAAUCCUAGGAAAAUAGUUCAGCAACUUAAUACAAAUUUGACACCAGGCUGUAUGAUGUUCAAAAUAUUUGACUUUUAAAGACCUUUUACAGCUUGAGGAUUUCUCCUUCCCCAUAUACCUGCCUGAACCUUAAGAUCUUUGUUGGAGACCCUUCUUUGUGUGCCCUUGCAAAGCAAAGUACAGCAGGUGGCCAUAGAAAAAAAGGUCUUUUCAGUGGUAGCGCAGUACUUACGCAAAACCCUACCAAGAAACCAUCAACUGGCACCUUCAUGGAUGGCUUUGCUUCCAGAUGAAGACCUCUUUAUCAGCUGCCUUUACUCCUAUUGCUGAAAUUAAACUUUUAUCUACAAUAGUGAUUGUAUUUUUACUUGUAUUUAAUCUUUUUACUAUUUUAUUAUAUUUUACUGUCAACCAUCCUGAGAUCUUUGUAAGAAGGUGAGAUAUAAAUAUCCUCACUAAAGGGCACACUGUUAUGCAUUUUUAGAUGAGAAAAGUCCUACAACUCCCAGAAUUCCCAGACAGUUAUGUUUGCUAGAGAUUGCUGGAUGUUGUAGAAAUUUCUGUCCAUACAAGCAUAAAAUUGUGCCCUGAGAAAACAAAUCAAGCUACUAAACUCCUAUAUCAAUCAACUAUGUACUUGGUGAAAAAUACAAGACUUCUUUCCAUGUACACAGCUAUAAUUGAGAAGGGGACACAUUAUAUCCUUUUAUGUUAUUUUCACAAAUAUGUUUAAUGAUUACUGUAAAAAUACCAGCCUCACUUUUAAAAAAAGUGCUCCUUAAAAUGA